GCAGAAUCAAAACAGAGUCAAUCUGACAGCUCGGCAAAAGUCCUACAGAAUGCAAUGGGAAACGUUUCAGACAAUGUUAGAUAUAAAUGCUACUAUUUAACUAAAUUGUUUAGAUAUUGGAGCGACUGUCGAGGAAAGAUAAUUAGAAUAAAAGGUACUUUUGGGUAGUUUUUAUCUGUGUAGCUAGCCUGUUAGCUCUCUAUGGGCUGAACAUGACCAUAUAUAGACCGGCCACAGGGCUGAGAUGUAAACACUGACAAGCAGGAACAGAACACACAGCCUGGAGGACAGAGACACAGACACACAGCCAUGUCAUCCGAGCAGAUUGUUGCCAUAGUCAUGGAGGACAGAAUCUACCAGGUGAGCAAGAAGAAGCUGAUAGAGAAGAGUGACUACUUCAAGGCUCUGUACAGCUCUGGGAUGAGGGAGUCCACAGAGGACUCUGUGCAGCUGAAGGGGCUCAGCGUGCCUGGUCUGGAGCUGGUCUUGGAGUUCAUCAACACCUCCAAGGUCCAGGUUGUCAACGAGACCCUGGAGGACCUGAUCGAGACCGCCUCCUUCCUCCAGGUCACCUCCAUCCUCAAGCUCCUCACCUCUGAGAUCCGGCAGGACAACUGCGUGGAGCUGUUCAGCCUGUCUGAGGUCUACGGGACUCAUGAGCUUCGCAACGCCUGUCUCAAGUACAUGAGCUGCUACUACCACCCCAUGCUGAGGCGGCAGGAGUUCAGCAGCCUCCCCUCGGCGGUCAGAGAGCAGGUCAGGGAGAUGAGGAUGAAGGGCACCGCCACCCUGGUGGCCAUCGGAGACUUCACCUGUCUCUCCCUGGAGAUGCCGGAUCAGGAUGAGCCCUGGUCCAUGCUGAGGUAUGGAGAGGUGGAGCAGCGUUGGAAACCGCUGGCAAACAACCUGCCUCCAGAUAUGAUCAACGUCAGAGGAUAUGGAUCGGCGGUCCUCGAUAACUACCUGUUCAUAGUCGGGGGCUACAGGAUGACCAGCCAGGAGAUCUCUGCCGUCCACUGCUACAACCCCUGCAGGAACGAGUGGAACCAGGUGGCUCCGCUCAACCAGAAGAGGUCCAACUUCAAGCUUCUGGCCGUGCAGGGGAAGAUGUACGCCGUAGGAGGCCAGAGUCUGGGCACGGUGGAGUGUUACAGCCCAGAACAGGACUGGUGGACCUGCGUGUCCUCCAUGCCCGACCCACUGGCUGAGUUCUCUGCCUGCGAAUGCCAGGGGAUGAUCUACGUCAUGGGUGGAUACACUGCAAGAGACAGGAACACAAGUGUCCUCUGUUACUGCCCCACCUCUGACACUUGGACGGUGUUUCGCACCUGUUCGGCGCACAUCCGCAAGCAGCAGAUGCUCUCCGUGGAGGACACCAUCUACCUGGUGGGCGGCUACACCCACGAGCUGGAGUUCUGCCAGCGGCGGCGGCGCCCCAGCCAGACGGAGGACGUGCUGACGGUGCAGUCCUACAACGUCUCCACGGGCGAGUGGGUCCAGCUGAAGGAGAACACGUCCAAGUCGGGCCUGAACCUGACGUGCACGCUGCACAACGACGGCAUCUACAUCAUGAGCCGGGACGUCAGCCUGCCCACCAGCCUGGAGCACCGCGUCUUUCUCAAGUACAACAUCUUCUCCGACGCCUGGGAGGCCUUCAGGCGCUUCCCGGCUCUGGGUCAGAACAUGCUGCUCUGUUCGCUUUACCUCCCCAGCGUGCUGUGAGUGAGAGUGCUGAUGGGAAAGACUCAAAACUGGUGGAGCCCGUGCGGCAUUACUGCAGGCCAGUGUGUGGCUCGCUUGUUCUCACACACACAAUGGGGCUCUGUGGCAUUAGUGGGAACAGUGGGAUCAGAGCCCGGUUGCCAGGUGGAACGCCCUGUGACCUUUGUGCCUCGACAGAAAAAAGAGAAACGCACUACAUUGUACAUACUGCUGUCGAUGCAAAUACAAAAGCUACAAUGACAAGUAUGAAAAGUGAUGAGGCGCCACGGCCCAUAGGUCAACAGCAUCAUAACAGCUAGCCCUCGUUACAGUUUGUGCCUCUCAUGUGUGAACAUUAAAGUCACAGUGGAAUAUAAUUUACUUUCUGAGAUAUAAAUACCUGGAAAGUUUGAAAAAAACCCUCCUAAACAAUACAUACUACUGCUCCGAAGGCAUUGCCAGGAUUCUCAAAGACUCACUCAACCAUCUGAUUCAGAUUCAACUUCUGCACAAUAAAAACAAUGUUUUUUAGUUGGAAAACAAGUUUAAAAUAUUUUUAAUUGUGCAGCAGAUUCAUUUUUUUUCAUCCAGAUGGUUAGAAGAGUUUUUUUUACGAUAAUGGGAAAAUCUUCAAACCAUCAGUGUUAUUUAAUAAACCUUUUUAUUAUUAUUUAUGUAACGGAUGGUUUCCACUGUCGGAUCUAAUGCCAAUGGCACACAAACAAAGCGGGGCUACAUAACAGCAUGCUUUUAAAUCUAUGGGUCACAAUAUUCCCAAUGUUUACACUCCAAAUAUGGCAUUGCCGUAUAUAUUUAUCCACAAUUCACUACAAACCUUAAAAUAUCUCGGAAAACAAAACACAUUUCCUGUCUAUAUGAACUGAACACUGCAGAUAAUCAUGAAAAGUGGCUUUGGUUUUACACUGCCAGUUUUAUGGAAUAUAAGAGAUUCCUGGAGAGUUGUAGUUUUUGAUGAGAAGUGGCUCAGAGGGAGCUUAACGUGUUGUGUGUUCACUUUGCAAAGUCUUAUUUUUCCACAGAUACACUCAGCUAAGCUUAAAGCGCCAUUCCAUGGAAUGAACAAUGCACAUGUGCCUUCUGCAACCUCAGUUAAUGGGGGAAAAAAAGCACAACAUGCAAGACUUUGUUACAUUGCCAGCAACUGACCAAAACUGCUGUGUUUGAUUUAUUUUGUUUUCAUGAAGGUACAUUUCAGUUCAUUGAUUAAAUAUUGUGGCAGAGCAGACAGACAAUGAGCCUCAAAGCAAAAUGUAUUUCUGAAACCCUGAAGUUUCAUUAAAUGCAGCACUUUCAACGUUUGAUUCAGUGGAUUUCUUAUUCUCUCUGCAUUACUUAUUUGUUUGACAGUUUAGGAAUUUAGGUCAUGAUAAUAAAGAAGUUGUUCAGGGUUCUGUUUUGCGGUUGUCUUGUUAAUAAUGUGUCAUUUCUGCUUUUUCGUUUUGUUUUGUCUCCAACACUUUAUUAUUUUCAUCCAAAAUGUCCAAAUAAGCUUUGAGAACAGGCUGAUCACAACACAUAUCAUCUGUCAUGUGACAUCUUAAGGUUACGUCAAGAGCAAAGAAAGAGUGUUUGAGUGAACUGACCUUAUAAAUUAUUACAAGAGAGUUCAAAAGUCUGUGAAUAUUUAGAAGCAAUGAUGA